CAUUAAUCGUUUUGCGUUCCUUGCUUCGUCGCUGAGUUGCUCAGGAGUGGUGGCUGGGUCUUGAUUUUAGUGCCGGGGGGCGGGGACGAAGUAUGCGCCGCGCCUCAGCGGAAUAGAGUCGGGAGCAGAGAGUGGGAGGAGGGCGAUGGAUUGGAGCGGGAUCGGGUCGGCGAUCCGCCGCUGGUGUGCUGGAGAAGAGAACUGGGUGGAUAAUCGGACGGUUUACAUUGGGCACCGUGAACCCCCUCCUGGCACUGAGGCUUAUAUUCUACAAAAAUAUCCGGAUAAUAGGAUUGUUUCUUCAAAGUAUACUUUCUGGAAUUUCUUUCCCAAAAACUUGUUUGAACAAUUUAGAAGAAUUGCUAACUUCUAUUUCCUGAUCAUAUUUCUCGUUCAGCUGAUCAUUGAUACUCCGACCAGUCCAGUAACAAGUGGACUUCCAUUAUUCUUUGUCAUCAUAGUGACCGCAGUCAAACAGGGUUAUGAAGAUUGGCUUCGGCAUAAAGCAGAUAAUGCAGUGAAUAAAUGCCCUGUUCACAUCAUCCAGGAUGGCAAGUUGGUUCAAAAGCAGAGUUACAAAUUGCACGUUGGUGACAUUGUGAUGACCAAAGAGAAUGAAACCUUUGCUUGUGACAUGGUCUUCUUAUCUUCAAGUGCCAAUGGAACAUGUUUUGUCACUACAGCAAGCCUGGAUGGCGAGUCGAGCACAAAGACAUACCAUGCUGUUCAAGAAACAAAAUUGUUGCAAACUGAGGAAGAAUUGGACACUUUGAAUGCCACAAUUGAAUGUGAGCAGCCCCAACCUGAUUUGUACAAUUUCGUUGGCCGUAUCAAUAUUUACCAUGAGUCGGAGGGGCCAAUUGCAAGGCCUUUGGGAUCAGAAAAUGUCCUGCUAAGAGGAGCAACAUUAAAAAAUACCAAGAUUGUGUAUGGUGUGGCAAUAUACACCGGCAUGGAAACCAAGAUGGCAUUGAAUUAUCAAUCCAAGUCACAGAAGCGUUCUGCUGUGGAAAAGUCAAUGAAUGCAUUCCUCGUUGUGUACUUGUGUAUCCUGGUCAGUAAAGCGCUGAUAACCACUGUCCUGAAAUAUGUAUGGCAGAGUGAUUCCAUGAGAGACGACCCUUGGUUUAACAUGAAAACACAGACAGAACGUCGGAAAAAUAAGUUCUUGUCAUCAUUUACAGAUUUUCUGGCCUUCAUGGUUCUGUUCAAUUACAUUAUUCCAGUCUCCAUGUAUGUCACUGUGGAAAUGCAGAAGUUCUUCGGCUCCUACUUCAUUACUUGGGAUGAGGAAAUGUUUGACGAUGAACUUUAUGAGGGACCAACAGUAAAUACAUCGGAUCUUAACGAAGAAUUGGGGCAGGUUGAAUAUGUUUUCACAGAUAAGACGGGAACGUUGACAGAGAAUAACAUGGAGUUUAUUGAGUGCUGUAUUGAUGGCCGUGUACAUGUAUCGCAAUCUAUAUCCAAUGGACAAAGCUUUUACAGCCACAUAGCAAUUGAUUUCAUUGAUGCACCUGUGGCAGUGGUGGACCGGGGAAGAGAGGACUUGUUUUUCCGUGCAUUGUGUCUUUGCCACACAGUCCAGGUGAAGAGGGAAGACCAGACAGAUUGUCCAAAGCAGGAUCAGGAAAAUCGAAGAUCUUCAGUUUAUAUUUCCUCCUCGCCAGAUGAGAUUGCUCUGGUAGAAGGUGUAAAGAGGUAUGGGUACAGUUUCCUGCAGCUGAGGGACAAUUAUAUGGAGCUUGAGAAUGCAGAGGCUGAAGUUGAAAGGUAUGAAUUACUGGAGAUAUUGAAAUUUGACUCCGUGAGGCGUCGGAUGAGCGUCAUCGUUCGAUCAGAAUCGGGUGAAAUAAUAAUGUUCUGUAAAGGGGCUGACUCGUCGAUUUUUCCCCGAGUGAAGGAAGGGAAGUUGGACCUUGUACAACAACGAGUGCAGCACAACGCAGUGGAAGGACUGCGAACAUUAUGUGUCGGCUACAAAGUUCUGACCUGUGAAAAGUAUGAAGAAAUCCACACACUCCUUCAGAAUGCAAAACUCUCUCUCCAUGACCGGGAUAGGAAGCUUGCAGAAGCUUAUGAUGUGGUUGAAAUGGACCUGGAUUUGCUGGGAGCAACCGCUGUAGAGGACAGGCUACAAGACAAGACUGCAGAGACUGUAGAAGCCUUGCAACAGGCUGGAAUCAAAGUCUGGGUUCUCACAGGAGACAAAAUGGAAACCGCUGCAGCCACAUGUUACGCAUGCAAGCUUUUCAGAAGAACUACACAACUCUUUGAGCUGACAACUAAACGAAUAGAGGAGCAAAAUUUACAUGAUGUGCUUUUUGACCUGAGUCGAACAAUUCUCAGGCAAAGCGGUACCUUGCGGAGAGACAGUUAUUCAGGAUUUUCUCAGCUCGAUUUACAUGAUUAUGGUCUGAUCAUCGAUGGGGCCACACUCUCACUUGUCAUGAAGCCUGGUGAAAACGGCAAUUCAAGCAGUUACAAAGAUCUCUUUCUGGAAAUAUGUCGCCAAUGUAGUGGAGUUUUAUGCUGCAGAAUGGCACCUUUACAGAAAGCACAGAUUGUUAAACUGAUUAAAGUUUCAAAAGAACAUCCCAUAACCUUGGCAAUUGGUGAUGGCGCAAAUGAUGUCAGUAUGAUACUGGAAGCUCAUGUUGGAAUAGGUAUUUUGGGAAAGGAAGGUCGACAAGCUGCACGGAACAGCGACUAUUGCAUUCCUAAAUUUAAACAUCUCAAGAAGUUGCUGCUUGUCCAUGGCCAUUAUUAUUACGUUCGAAUUGCUGAACUCGUCCAGUAUUUUUUCUACAAGAAUGUUUGCUUCAUAUUUCCUCAGUUUUUAUACCAAUUCUUUUGUGGAUUUUCACAGCAGCCAUUGUAUGACACUGCAUAUCUUACAUUGUACAACAUCAGCUUCACUUCUCUUCCCAUCCUGUUGUAUAGCCUGAUGGAACAGCAUGUUAGUGUCGAUGCUCUCAAAAGAGACCCGACAUUGUACAGGGACAUUGCCAAAAAUUCCUUGUUAUGUUGGAAGUUGUUCCUUUACUGGACAUUCCUGGGAGUAUUUGAUGCCGUGAUAUUUUUCUUUGGUGCUUAUCUUCUGUUUGACCACUCAGCAAUGACCAGCAAUGGAAAGGUCUUUGGAAACUGGACGUUUGGCACCCUGGUUUUCACAGUGCUGGUAUUUACGGUAACUCUGAAGCUUGCAUUGGACACUCAUCACUGGACGUGGAUGAAUCAUUUAGUGAUUUGGGGCUCACUGGUGUUUUACAUCAUUUUUUCGCUGCUCUGGGGAGGUGUUAUCUGGCCUUUCCUUAAUUACCAGACAAUGUACUAUGUCUUCAUGCAAAUGCUGUCAACAGGACCGGCCUGGUUAGGAAUUACGCUGCUACUGACUGUAAGCCUUCUUCCAGAUGUCGUUAAAAAAGUCAUCUGCAGGCAGCUUUGGCCAACAGCAGCAGACAAAGUCCAGGAACACCUAAGGAAAUCCGAGAAUCAGGUGUCAGAAUUUACCCCACUUGCUCCCGCUCCGAGUUCCAUCUACACAAACAACAUGCACGGGUCCCAGGAACAAAGGAAAUCUCUCUCGACUCCAAAUUCCAGAAAGAUGACACAUACAUAUUGGACAGAGGAUGAAUAUUCUAACAAUCUAACAGUGCUUGACUAUUCUGGUAAUCGCUGCUCUUCCAAUGUUCACUGUAAGUUUGUUGGGUCUGGUUUGGAAACAGCUGUGUAGCAGUGAUAAUUGUUGUUCAAUACUGUGGUUUUGAGUUAAAUCAUUUUUAUUUUGGGAAGACAAAUACAUUCAGAUGCAAGAUAUAUUUUAGAUUUCAUAUUAAAUAUAAAUUAAUGUGACAUUUUUAUUCUACCUGGGUUGGUUAAUCUUACAAUAUACACAGUCCGGCACUGUGUGGCUGGAACCGUGACAUAAUUUUAUUGUCCAAUCUUAUUCCUUGUAACCUGUUUUGUCAACCAGUCAGAUCAAACUAUAGAUGUAAAAUGACCAUUAACUUAUCAACGAGGUGGCAUUAAUGAAAUAAAAGUAUGCCAUUGUU